CUCGCAUCCGUCGCGCCCCGGACCCGCUCCCGCUGAGCAUUUCAUCAGCGAGCGGAGAGCGAGGAAGAGGAGGAAGAGGAGGAGGAGGAGGAGGAGGAGGAGAGGGAUCAGAGCGAAGAGCCACCACAGACGGAGGACGACGCAACACGGAGAGCAGGCUGAAGAUGGCGGCUGUGCGCUGGCUGGCCGUGGCCGUGGCCGUGGCCGUGGCCGUGGGGGUCCCCGGGCGCGUGGGCGCGUGCUGGCGGAGCCCCGUCUGCAGCGACCUGAGCGACGAGGCACGAGCGCUGCAGAACUGUAUUCAUUACUGCCUGUCUGUGACCCAGGCUGCAUUCCCAGAGCUCACACCCGCGGAUCAGAGGGUCGUCAGCGAUGAUGAUGAUGAUGAUGAUGAUGAUGAUGACGGCGACCUCCUGCUCAGCAUCAUCCUCGCCCUCCUGACCUCCGACGACAAGGCGACGGAGGCAGAUCCGCACGCGCGCCGCGACCAGCGACGCUCCUACACCAUGGAGCACUUCCGCUGGGGGAAACCGCCGGGGGACAGGCCAAAGCAGCGGGCCCCGGGCCACACGAGGCGCUCCUACCCGGCGGAGCCCCUCCGCCGCGGGGGGCCCUCGGGGGGCCAGAUCGCGGCUCUGAAGGGCCGCCGCGACGGCAGGCGCUCCUACACGAUGGAGCACUUCCGCUGGGGGAAGCCGCCCGGGCGCAAGCGCGUGCCCCUCGAGGCGCGGGACCCAGUGGGGCGUCGCCAGGUCCGGCAGAGGAAGCGGGCGCGCGGCAGAGCCAAGAGUCACUUCCGGUGGGGGGGGUCGUCUGCGUCCAGGCGCAGCAGCGGGGGCACGGAGCUCCUGGUCGACGUGCUCCGCGCGGUUAGACUUGGAGUCAAGGACGCUGAGAGGAGGAUGGGACAGAUGAAGAGGGAGGAAGAGGAGGAGGGGGGCGUGGUCGGGUAGCGCCACGGCCGCCGCGCGUUCAUUCGUCGUGUUAGAACCCAGGACUCUUCUCUAAUAGCAUGCUGUUGAAUGUACUUCCUGUGCCAAAGUAAAGCUGAGCUCACGAUGCGACACGAGGCAGUUCCAUGUUGAAUAAAAGCUAAGAUGCGCGCGCUCACCGCCUCGACCCGAUCACAGCUGCUUCUUUCCUGUGGAAACGUCUGUGGAUUAUAAUGAGAAUGUGUGACCAAGAGCUGAAGGAAUCUAUUUAUUUAAAGGCAUAAACGUUUGUUUACAGUGUUGAACGGUUUUUGGUAAAUAUUAUUAAAGAUUAUUUUGUUUGGAGCAAAUAACAAAUGAGCUUUUUGACUGAUUUCAUCUGAAAUUAUGACGG